AGAAAAAAUGGUGAAAAUCUCAUCAAAUCAUCAAAUAGUUAGUUGCCAACGAAAAAGGUUCAAACCCCAUUAUCAUGAUCAUGACAAAUCCCUUUGAAGCUACCUUAUAAAUACAUACUCCCAUAAGCAAUGAGCAAUACAUGAGUUGUAGUAGAUAUUGAAUUCGGGCGACGCGGUAGGUGAUGAUGAUGAAGAGAACAAUGAGUUGUUACUUAAUGUUGUUUCAAUUGUUCAUACAAUCCUUAUUGUUCUCUUCACCAAUAUUAUGUGUUAGGGCUACUAACAAUGGUGUGGGAAGCUCCCUUGUAGGCAAAAAAGAUCUAGUUAGAAUGGCUAAGAAGUUUGAGGCCAUCUAUCAAUUUGGUGACUCUCUUUCCGACACCGGCAACUACGUUCGAGAGGCCACCGGUGAAAACUCCAGCUAUAAUAAGCUCCCUUAUGGCCAAAGCUACUACCCCACGGGCCGUGCCUCUAAUGGUCUUCUCAUGGUGGAUUACAUUGCAAUGUUCUUCCAUCUACCACUCUUGAACCCAUUUCUUGAUAAUGGAAGCGACUUCACACAUGGAGCUAAUUUCGCGGUAAUAGGCGCUACUGCUAAUGGGAGAUAUAAUUCCUUGGCUAGGCAACUUACAUGGUUUAGAUAUCACCUCAUAUCGACUUACUCUUAUCCAACAGCAAUUAGAAAAAAACUCGAAAAUUCAUUGGUGAUAAUGGGAGAAAUUGGAGGCAAUGACUUCAACGGUCCUUUUAAUCAAGGCAAAACAAUACAUGAAGUAGCUAAGCUUAUCCCCGGAGUGUUGAAAACCAUUAAAAAUGCAGUCGAGGAAGUGAUUACCCUAGGGGCAACUAGUAUCGUGGUGCCAGGGAACUUUCCUAUCGGAUGUGUGCCUCUUUAUCUUGUUAAUUUUGUCACAAAUGAUUCUUCAAAGUAUGAUAAACUUGGGUGUUUGAAGGACUACAACAACUUCUCAAAGUUCUAUAAUCAGCGGUUGAAACAAGUCAUCCGACAAUUGCAACGAGAGUACCCGGAUGUGGCCAUUGUAUACGCAGACUACUACUCAGCAUUGUCAUGGGUCAUUGCUAAUGCCCCCCAAUUAGGGAUUGAGCAAGGCGAUACUACAAAGGUUUGUUGUGGAACCGGUGAUAACCCUUACAAUUUUGGCGGAAAAGGUUGUGGUAGUCCGGGAUCUUGGAUUUGUGAAGAUCCUAACAAAAGAAUAAGUUGGGAUGGAGUUCAUAUGACUCAAGAAGGAAACAAAGGUGUUGCAGACCAAUUACUAGAACAAUUUGUACCUGCACUUGACAAGCAAAUUCGAAGACGGCGACGUAGGAAACCUAUUAGAUAAACUUAAGAGAUGAUUUAUAAAGUUUAUAUUUUAAUUUUAUGUCCAACCGUGAAUUAUACGGAGUAUUAUUAUUGAGAUCGAGCAGUUAGUACACUUGGUAUUUAACUAGCUACAUAAGUACAUAAAGGGUAUUCCCAAUGCAUGGUUUAAUUCAUCUUUACUCAAAUUGAUGAAAUUUUGAAUAUUAUAAAUUUAUACAUAUGCGAAUAAAUUAAGAUGAUUUUCUUGUUCGAUCA